UUCAGUCUUGUCAUGACGGUGAACCUGUGAAGUCAGAGAGUUUAUUUUGGAAAAGUUGCAAGCCGUGCUUGAAUCAAAUAAAGUUUCUUUGAUCAGCACUGGAAGGCUUUUUUGUCCAUAUGCAGCUGUGGUGCAAAAGAUGCUAUAUGGGAUAUAAUUUUGUGGAAUGAAAUUGCUUAGAACUUGACUGCAAUAAAAUUUCCACACUAGACAUUAAAGCCUUAACGAUUUGGUGAUUUCCACCGAAAAAGCACCACAAAUGCACAUGGGGAUUGUGUGCAAGAGAACCAUUUGGGAGCGAACCUCAAUUUCAUCAAACUUGCAAUUAUCUUGGGCAAGAUACCAAACACAAUAAAUGUUGAAGGAAGUUUCUUCUGUGAGAUUUUUCAUUGCUUCAUCGAUAGUUGGUACGUUUCUCAUUGGGAUAGGUCAGCAAACAUUUUCUGUUUAAAUCGUCAAAUUACAAAGGAAAUACAGUGUUCGUGACGAAAAAGAAGUUCUCUCUUUCUGGUUCGUCCAACUUUAAUUGCAACUCAUUGCAGAGGAAAUACUUAAAUGGUAUUGUGAAGAAGAAGAAGAGGAGAAGAAAGGAAAAUGGCAAAAUACUGGAUCAGUUUUCUAUUUAUCGUGGGAAUCUCAAUAUUGCCCAAAGUAGCAUCUAUACUCAAUCAUAAGCACCAGAACAAUUCACAUCCACUAAAAUUAACACUAAUCAACUCAAGUGGAUUCAAUCGUCACCCUUGGUGGCAAAUGACAACGGAGAGGUCAGCUGUUACCUUCUCAACUCUUGCCAGUAAUCCAUUCACGUGGAAUAAUGCAGUAGAAACGACUACAACACCAUCCCCAUCCACACAAAGUCCCCACAGAUCUCACCGAUCGGGACAUCAUCAUAAAAGCCAUAUUAGACGACACGUUUGUCCAGAGAGGAAAACAAUUCACGUUCCAGUGAAAACAAAAGAGAUUUUCAAUAAGCCAACAUUGCGUCAAUUCUCUGAACCCUGCACAAAUCAAAACCUCUGCACUGGGGUUCGAAUUGUACAUGAACCAGCAUACAGGGAUGUUAUACGCCACCAUAGUGCCCACCACAUUGUGUACAACUGUUGUCCGGGUUGGGAGAGGAUUCAUGCCAACAGCAGUGGUUGCAACAAGCCGGUAUGCAGACUAGGAUGCAAGAAUGGUGGAAAAUGCGUUAAACCAGACAUUUGUAGUUGCAAAAGUGGAUUUAUUGGAGCUUCAUGCGAGCUAGAUUUAAAUGAAUGCAAGGAGGAAAAACCUUGUGAUCAGAUGUGCUUCAACACUGAAGGAUCCUACUACUGCACCUGUCGUGAGGGAUUUGUUCUUCAGCCAGAUAGACAGAGCUGUAAAAAAAUAGACGAUGACGAAACUGCGCUGGAAGCCAGAGAAAUGGAUGUGAAUGACGUUGACUAUGACGAAAUCAAUGCUAGGCUCGUUAAAUUGGAAAAGCAUUCAUCUCAGACGGAGCUUUUGGAGAAGAAAUUUCGUCAAGCAUUAGAAAAGGUGGAAUCGAUGAAUACACGCUUGGAUAUGUUGGAACGGAGACAAUACGAAAUCAAUUACUUCAGAGAGAAGUUAAAGUCCUAUGAACUUCAGUCGAAAAAAGUGGAGAAUUUAAUUAAUUUGUGGUACAAGUGUCAAAAACAUCCUCAUUUAUACUGCCCGUAGAUCAAUCGUCUGAGAAUGUUUAGAUCUCAUUUAAUAAAGUGCAUUUAUGAUUUGGAGAUAUGAUUUGAUCGAUCUGAUAAUAUGAAGUUUUAUAAGAAAAUAUAAACUUUUUUUAAAAA